AUGUCGAUUGGUGAUCAAAUUCAAUAUAAAUACGGACAACAUUCGAAAUUUGUUGUUGAAAAUGUAACAAAAACCACACAUAUAACAACUAAUAAUGAACAAAUCAAUAAUUCUACCAUUGAUGAUUUCAAUUCCUAUUCUUUCCUGAACAAUCACAAUAAUCAAUCAAGCGAAAAACAAAAAUCAAUUACAAAUCAUUAUGAAGCAUGGAUAAAUAUAACAAAUUUUACUAUCGAUCAUCAAGGCAUUUAUCAUAUGUUAUUUUAUCGAAAAAAAUUGAAUAAUAUCGAUUCGAAGAAUAAUACGGGAAAUUUUUCUGUUGAUGAUGAUGAUGAUGAUGAUGGACAUGAAAUAAUCUAUGAACAUUCAUUCAGGCUGAUUGCUCUCAAUGAUUCUGAAUCGAAACUAGAUCAUACAACAACGAUAAUGAUGAUGAAUGUCGAAUCAGAUUCAAAUAUUCGAACAAAUUUAUCAUCAAUAUUGAUGGCCAACAGAACGGGAAAUGAAAUUAAUAAAAAAAUCAUCAAUGUACAACAACAACAACCGAAUAAAAAAUUUACAAUGAACAAAACUAAAAUAAUCGAUACGAAUCCUGGUUAUUUUAUGAAUCGAUCACCAAAUUCAAUAAUUAUUAUAGUCAUUAUCAUCAUCACCAUCACCAUUAUCAUCAUUGGAUUAAUAUUAAUGGCCAUAUUGUUUAGGACGAUCAUUGAAUUAUAAUUAUUAUCAUCAACAAAUAAUUGAUUUGAUCAUCAAUAUUAUUAUCCGUUUUUUUUAUCAGUGUGCGUU